AGAUUUAGAUUCUCAAGUGAUAUAUAAUAUGCCACCAAAGAAGAAGAAGAAAUCUGUUCCUCGUUAUUCAGAUCUGACUACCAAACACUUUCCAGACAAUGAAAUUAAUAAAUGGAAGGCGAUGGAGAAAUCCACUGAAGCUUUCCUUAUUGGUGUCCUGGAUGAAGGAAUCAGCUCAGUCACUACCAAUAUUAAAACAGAUCAGUAUUCGAAGAUCAACGACCAUCUCAUGGAAUGCAGAAUCAGAUUGGUGACGAAGUGGAAAGAAAUGAGGGUACCGCAUCACACUUUCGGUACUACUUACAAGGGUCUGCAGAACUUAAAUAUGAGCUACACUUCAUCAUUAUCUGAAAUGUUGGAACACGAGGAAGAUCUGGAAAGGGCUGUAGAAAAAGCAGAGAAAUCGUGCAAGUCUAUGGAGAAGGAGUUACAGAAGAGAGAGAAAAGUUUACAAAGUGAAAUAACAGAUCUGCAUCCAUUGCUGAGACCUAAUGUGUCAUCAUUCCUGGAUAUUCCACCCAUACCAAAAUCUGUUGUAGAGACCUGAAAGACCUUGGAUCUCUGGUAUUGUACCAGAUCGACUUCAUAUGUCUGUAUAUUUGCGAUAGGCCUCAGAAACAAUCUAAAGACUUCUAAUACCGAAAGAUUUCUUCUGAAGUAGUAAAAGGUGGUCAGAUCUCACUCUGGGUUUCUAAUACCCUGUGACAAAAAUGUGUGGACCUUGCUUUCAGUGCCCAACUGCCUGGAUCGAGCUGAAUGACAAGAUUACUGUCGAAAAUUAUCCACAACUUGAGUAUGUUUUGCCUGUAAAAGUUUUUCUGGAAUUGCUACACCUUCAGUACCAAGAUAUACAGUGGAAUCAGUUAACGAGGUUCAGCCGAGAUUUGAAAUCAUCUAAAAUUGUCCAUCUGUGUUUACCAAUAGGCUUGUGAUAGACUUUUGGUCAGUAAACAUGGUGUGAUACCUUAAAUAUUUACACAAAUAGAGGUUUGAUUUUUGCUAUACUUUAAUAUAUCUUGAGUAAUUUGCUGUAUUUUAGAAUAUGUCAGUAAGUUCAUACCUGUAGGUGUUAUCAAGACUUGUCAUUGAUUUCAGAAUUAUAGAAUACAUAUGCCUUCUGAAUAGAAUAUAACCUCAGUUGAUUAGUGUGUGCAACAAAUUACUACAGAUCGAAAGGUUUAAGAGCAGCUGAAAUCUGUGUAGUCGGAAUCUAGGCUUUGUCAGGAUUUAGGGCUAAACAAGUUCAGUUAUCUCAAGAUCUGAAGAGAAGAUCAUUCAUAUGUUGUCUACGAUAGCAAGUAUGAAACAAAUGAUUAGCCAAAUUCUUAUUUCCAUCCUUGAUCGGGUGAGUUAUUAUCAGCAUAGAAUAGAAGUAAUAUCACAAUCAGUGAGAAAAUUGUGUGACAUUUAGAUCACUACACCCCAUACCUUCCUCAGACUGAUGACGAGAGUUGAGUGUACACAGAAUCAUAUCUUAGAAACAUACUUGUGGCACGGUUCAGAAUAUGUAACGGAUGCUACUCUUAGAUUAACAGAUAUAUGAAAAUUAUGAAUCUUAUUGAAUUAUGGGGCUAGUUCAUCGCCCCAUCUUUUCGUUGGUUGACUUCAGAUUUUCCUCUGUUGCCUCUGAGGCCUCAAAAUUCAGGGCCUUAGCAUCACUGAUGAGUCCUAGGACAAAACAGCUGUAUGAUGUAGCAUCACUGAUGAGUCCUAGGACAAAACAGCUGUAUGAUGUAGCAUCACUGAUGAGUCCUAGGACAAAACAGCUGUAUGGUGUAGCAUCAC